CGCUCAGGUCUUUUCUAGACUCCGCAGUCCCAGCCCCCUCUUCUCAGAGCUCUCCAGAAAGUUCUGCACUGUGGAGCGGCUAUAAGAGCCAGCCAUCUUCCUUCACCAGCCUCAGUUACUCGAGGGAAAGCUAGCAUUGUAAUAACACCUGCCAAUUUUAGGUUGUCACCAUGGUUCGCGAGACCGGCUACUACGAUCUCUUGGGCGUCAGCCCCAAAGCCUCGCCGGAGGAAAUCAAGAAAGCCUACAGAAAACUCGCAUUGAAAUAUCACCCUGACAAGAACCCCAAUGAAGGAGAGAAGUUCAAGCAUAUAUCUCAAGCAUAUGAGGUGCUGUCAGAUCCACAGAAGAGAGACUUGUAUGACCAAGGAGGAGAACAAGCAAUCAAAGAGGGAGGCAUGAGUGGAGGAACUUCCCCAAUGGACAUUUUCAACAUGUUCUUUGGAGGUGGAGGAAGGAUGCAGAGAGAGAGAAGGGGGAAGAAUGUCAUCCACCAGCUUGGCGUGACACUGGAGGAGAUGUACAAAGGAACCACCAGGAAGCUUGGACUUCAGAAGAAUGUAAUUUGUGAAAAAUGUGAUGGUUAUGGUGGGAAGAAAGGUGCCUUGGAGAAGUGCUCAAACUGCAAAGGAAAAGGAGUACAAAUCAAGGUGCAACAGAUUGGGCCAGGCAUGAUUCAGCAGAUCCAAAGCAUGUGUGCAGACUGCCAGGGACAGGGCGAGAAAUUUAACUCAAAGGACCGCUGCAAGAACUGCAAUGGACACAAAGUAGAACGAAAGAAGAAAAUUCUUGAAGUUCACAUCGACAAAGGUAUGAAAGAUGGUCAGAAAAUUACAUUCAAUGGAGAAGGCGACCAGGAACCUGGACUGGAGCCUGGAGAUGUAAUCAUUGUGCUGGAUCAGAAGGAGCACCCCGUUUUCCAGAGACAAGAGGAUAAUUUGAUAAUGAAGAUGAACAUCAAACUUGUUGAGGCCCUGUGUGGUUUCAGGAAGACCAUUCAAACAUUAGACAACAGAACACUCAUCAUCAACUCGCAGCCAGGUGAAGUAAUCAAGCACGGUGACAUCAAAUGUGUUCAGAAUGAGGGCAUGCCAAUUUACAGAGAUCCUUAUGAAAAGGGACAGCUGUUCAUUCAGUUCCAGGUGGAAUUCCCAGAUAAAAACUGGCUCCCAGAGCAUCUCAUGUUCCAGCUGGAAAGACUGCUUCCUCCCAGGGAGGACGUGAUGAUGACUGAUGACGUGGAGGAGGUGGAACUCUGUGAGGUGGAUGUGCGGACAGAACAGAAAAACAAAAGUAGGGAAGCUUAUGAGGAAGAUGAGGAGGGUCCCAGAGGCGGAGUGCAAUGUCAGACACAGUAAUCAUAGUCUAUGAUAAAGGUUGUAGAGUGUGUGGAUUUUCUUUGUACAUUUUUUUUUUUUGUGAUUGACAUGCCUUUUACAAAGUAAUAUACUGCAAAUUAGUAACAUUAUGUUUAAAGCUGUUGCCAAUGCCAUUUUUUUUUUGAGCAACUCCUGGGACACAGAUAUGCAAGUGGGGUAUUCGUUUCACAUUUUAUUUGUGCUCCAAGUUAUCAAAACUGUAUUUUGGUGUUACUGUCUUUUAUGUUCUCUAUUUAAAAUCCAUGUCUCUUUUAUAUGUACAUGUUUCCUAAGAAAUCUAUGGCACAAAUGUUUUCUUUAAUUCAGAAAGGACUAAUUGUAUGCUUUCUGUGAAGGUAAUUUCAGUCAUGACAAACAUUUUUGGUUAUUUCUCAAUAAAAGUCCCAGAAUGCUUCAAAUUUUA